CAAUCAGAGUUAAUUCCACUCAGCUGAUCAUUUGUGGCUCAGGAUGUCCCGCAGAGUAAAAGUCCUCAGCCUUGCAAUAAACCGUGACGUUGCCAGAGACUCCAGGCCUGAAAGAUCAAACUCUGCUCUGAGACGGAUAAGCUGCGGAGCGGAACGGAGCAGGUCAGAACCCACCUGAGAGAACUCAUCUGAGACCAAACGCUGCAGAGGGGAAAACCAGGAUGGAGAAGCUGCUGAGGAAGUGUCGGAUCAAAAACAUGCUGGUCAGGGAGUGCAUGGCGGAGUGUCUCGGGGUCUACGUCCUGAUUCUGUUUGGAUGUGGCUCUGCAGCCCAGGUGAUCACGUCUCAGGAGAGGAAUGGACAGUAUCUUUCCAUCAACCUGGGAUUUGCUUUGGGGGUGACGUUUGGGGUCUUUGUGUCCCGCGGAGUCUCAGGUGCUCAUCUGAACCCAGCAGUCACGUUGAGCUUGUGCUCUCUGGGUAGAUGUCGAUGGAUAAAACUACCAUUCUACGCCUUUUUCCAGGUUCUGGGAGCCUUUCUAGCUGCAGCUACAGUUGCUCUGCAGUAUUACGAUGCUAUCCAGAUGUACAGUGGUGGUCAGCUGACGGUGACGGGUCCCACCUCCACAGCAGGUAUUUUCUCCACCUACCCAGCUGACUAUCUCAGCGUAUGGGGAGGAGUCGUUGACCAGGUGAUCGGCACGGCCGCCCUGCUGCUGUGCAUCCUUGCUCUGGGAGACCAGAGUAACACGUUCAUCCCUGAUCACUUCCAACCCCUCCUGGCUGGAGCGUCGGUGCUGGUUAUCGGUGUCUCUAUGGGUUCUAACAGCGGCUACGCCCUGAACCCGGCCAGGGAUUUUGGACCUCGAGUCUUCACUUACAUUGCGGUAUGGGGAGAAGAUGUCUUCAGGGCCGGAAGUGGCUGGUGGUGGGUGCCAAUCGUUGCUCCCUGCAUCGGAGCGCUGCUAGGAACGCUGGUUUAUGAGCUGCUGGUUGAAGUCCAUCACCCUUCACAAAUGUCUGAUGACCAGAAUUUGUGUCUAGAAGAUUCAGCAGGGAAAAUCACUCUAGAGGUGGAGGAACCAGAGAGUGGAAAACCUGCUUUAAAUGGCUAAAUUAGGUGAAAACUGUCAAGUGUUGCACUUUAAAUGUAAAAUGAUCAAGAUAAAAUUAAAUAUUAGGAUAAAUCAA